CCUGGUUCGUUAGCUGAGCGUGUAGUUGCCGCACACGGGGCCCUGGCGCUCGCUGCACCAACUUCCUGUUGGGCCUGUGGUCCUUGGUGGCACGCAGUUCGUCCUACAGUGACUCAGCCAUCCACCCAACAUGAGGAACGCGUCUCUUCUGCGGGUCCCGGUCCACAGCAGGAUUUCCCCUCUGUGAAAAGACACGCUGAUCUAGAUAAGUGAGGCCGGCCCCAUGUAUCCGGAAUCAACCACGGGGUCUCCAGCUCGACUCUCCCUGCGGCAGACAGGCUCCCCCGGGAUGAUCUACAGUACUCGGUAUGGGAGUCCCAAAAGACAGCUCCAGUUUUACAGGAAUCUGGGCAAAUCUGGCCUUCGGGUCUCCUGCCUGGGGCUUGGAACAUGGGUGACCUUCGGAGGCCAGAUCACAGAUGAGAUGGCAGAGCACCUAAUGACCUUGGCCUAUGACAAUGGCAUCAACCUGUUCGAUACGGCGGAGGUCUACGCAGCUGGCAAGGCUGAAGUGGUAUUAGGGAACAUCAUUAAGAAGAAGGGGUGGAGACGGUCCAGCCUUGUCAUCACCACCAAGAUCUUCUGGGGCGGAAAGGCAGAGACCGAGAGAGGCCUUUCCCGGAAGCACAUAAUCGAAGGACUGAAAGCUUCCCUGGAGAGGCUGCAGCUGGAGUACGUGGAUGUGGUUUUUGCCAACCGCCCAGACCCCAACACACCCAUGGAAGCAGGGGACCCAUUUAGUUCCUUCAAGUCACGGACAUUCAUCAUUGAAGAGACUGUGCGGGCCAUGACCCAUGUCAUCAACCAAGGGAUGGCCAUGUACUGGGGCACAUCACGCUGGAGCUCCAUGGAGAUCAUGGAGGCCUACUCGGUGGCUCGGCAGUUCAACCUGAUCCCGCCCAUCUGCGAGCAAGCGGAAUACCACAUGUUCCAGAGGGAGAAGGUAGAGGUCCAGCUGCCAGAGCUGUUCCACAAGAUAGGAGUAGGUGCCAUGACCUGGUCCCCUCUGGCCUGCGGCAUUGUCUCAGGGAAGUAUGACAGUGGCAUCCCACCCUACUCCAGAGCCUCUCUGAAGGGCUACCAGUGGUUGAAGGACAAGAUCCUGAGUGAGGAGGGUCGCCGCCAGCAAGCCAAACUGAAGGAACUGCAGGCCAUUGCAGAGCGCCUAGGCUGCACCCUCCCACAGCUGGCCAUAGCCUGGUGCCUGAGGAACGAGGGCGUCAGCUCCGUGCUCCUGGGUGCUUCCAAUGCAGAACAACUUAUGGAGAACAUUGGAGCAAUACAGGUCCUUCCAAAAUUGUCGUCCUCCAUCGUCCACGAGAUCGACAGCAUUCUGGGCAAUAAACCCUACAGCAAAAAGGACUAUAGAUCCUAAGUCACCCCCCCGCCCCCCCCAGCUCCCCCAGCUCGGACAGUUCCUGGUUCCCUCCUCGUCUCUCGUUCGCUCGCUUCUGCCGUUUCAAAGCCAAAUUGCAGAGUGUGGUUCACACCCAACGGGAAAACACCAUGCCCAGACGUCACCGGGGAUUGAUCUCGUCACCGGGGAUUGAUCUCGAGUCACCGCCCAACGCAGCCUGCCGCUUCCUCGCUGGAUGCGACCCGACGGGUGCCAGGGGAUGGCAUCAAUUAGGGGCACAUCCAGAGGCUCCCACCCAAGCCUGCCACCCCUGCUUAUCCCUCAAGAAGAAACACUUGCCCCCAGCCGUGGCCCUCCAUCGAGAUUCGAGAAGCCAUGGCCGGGUGGAGGUCUAGUCCUCGGAGUGGCCAGGGCUGGCCUCUCUGCCAGGAACCCGUCUCAGAAGAGGGGCGUGCACCCCUCUCCCAGAGCCCCUGGUUAGAGCAGGGCCUCCCUCUUUCCAUGGACACCAGGCACUUUGUUCAGGGCUGGCCUGGGAUCCCACUCUUCCCAGGCCUUGACCUGCCCCACGCACCCACUGGGCCUUGGCUGGGACUACCUAGCUGGCCCUCAGCCCCUCCCUUACCCUUGCUGGCAGGGGCAGGGAUCCCAGCUGGCUUUCCCAGCAUCUUCUAUCCUAUGUGUGACAUACAACUGCCGAGCCCCCAACAGGGAAGCUCAGCAGGCUUGGAUGGAGCCCAUUGGAGUAAGCCUCUCAAGACAGACACUAGUGGACAAGUGUGGCAGCUGGCCCCACCGUAGGCAGGUGGCAGCAGGCUGGGCCCAAACUUGCAAGACCAUAUUGCUCUCAUAGACCUUCCUCUGAUACCUCUGCUGUGCUGGGGGGGGGGGGAGUGGGCUCACGACAUGGGCUUUGCACACAUGAAGCACUUAGAGCUCCCUAGGGCUUCCAUAUUGCGAGCCAAGGGACCAAGGGAGCAGCAGCUCCAGUAACAGUCUCCGUGUUGUAAGAAAAGACCUCUCCCUAGGAAAAUGGCUAGGACCACCCAUUCCUUUCUGCAUACCCUUAUGCUGUCCUAGGGCAGGAUAGAGAGACAGAGAGUGGGAAGGAUGGACACCCCCUUAUUAGUGGGAGCUAGAUGGAUGUAGACGCCAGGAAGCCUACAGGUUUGGGCAGUGCAUGCUGCCUGGAGGCCCAAUCCCGUGGUCUUAUGAUGCUCUAGGGGACAGGGUCCUACCCAGCUGGCUCCCCAGGAGACCCAAGUCUCCUGCCCUGGACAGGUCGUGGCCAGCUCCCAGGCACAAGCCCUGGACCAUAGUGCCAUGGCUACCUUCUGUAGCUGCUAUUCCAAGGCUCCUCUCUGCCGCUCUUAAGGCUGGGCAGAGGUUAGGACUGGGGUAAGGGGUAGGGUUAUGGGGUAGAGACGGGAAGAAAAGCAGACAGGGUGAGUAGCUUCCUCUCACACGCAACCCCCCUGUAACCCCUGGGCUCUCAAACCUUCAAUGCUCAUAGCGCUGACCCCUGAGACCUCAGAAGCAGCCCUGCGGGUGUGGGGAUGGAGGCCACUGGGCUCUGGUACUUCUAUGUCUGACUAGAGCAGCCAGCUUCCCAGACAGGGCCCUGCAGUGGCCCGGCAGGAAGUGCCAGACCUGUCCACACAGCUGGCCUUGGCCCUGCUUGCUACGUGGGCCAGGCAUUCAGGGAUGCCCACAGUAGGAGCCGCUGCCUGCCUGUGAACCACACCUCAGAGCUAUCCUCCUGCUGGGCAUGUGCAAGAGACAGGAAAACAGGCCGUAGGGCUAAGGCCCACAGGAGCCCAGAUGCAGACAACCUCCUGGAAGACAUUUUAGCCAAAUGUUUCUGAGAGGUUUCCUUCCACACCCCCCUCUUGAAGCAUUGGGGAUUUGCAUCUUAAGCUUCUGUGGGGGUGGGGGGUGGAGGAGGAGGGACUUGGGAGGCCACAGAAGUUGAUCAAGUGCAGACAGCCUAUAAAUGGGAGCUUGUCCCGGGCCCUCAAAGGGUCUAAGGCUAGCCCCUCCCUCCAUGGCCUCUCCUUCCUUUAGUCCAACUGCCUGCUGGUCAGACCAAGCCAGCCUCUCUCCACCCUCUUGAAGUAGUCUGUCAGGCCUGGUGCAGGAGGAGGGCUAUGUAUAGGAUCUGGCACAUGGAGCCCUGCUCCUGCUCAUCCCAGACCCAGGGUCCUGAGGCACAGCAGGGCACCUGGGUGCCCGCUCUGGCCGUGUACAUAACGUGCUUUCUCUCCCCAUUUUUUAACGAGCGUGGCUCCUCGCUAACUGCACCCCACCAAGGCCGACCGCAAACGCCUCCAGCUUCCUGACAGACUCGGACCAAGGUGCGGCCCGUAUUUAUGGAAUGGCAAAUAAAACCCAAGCCCUUUGGUCUCCA